UGAAACACGAUGGGGGGGUGAGAACGAGGGGUGGAAGCCUUUCUUUUUCCCUUUGUUUUAAGGCUUGUAUCAACUUGCCUGGCAAAAUCCUCUCCUGCCUUCCAAAUCCAGUCACCGUGAGUCACGGCUGAGCCCAUCCUCUGCCUCCUCAUUGCAACACGGAUGACAGAAACCAUCCAGCAAGAGGCCUUGAAUCCCUGAUGAGUUUUGUUCUAUUGCACAAACCUUUCCCCGUGUGCAGGGUUGCUGCAGAGGUGUUGCCUGGGUGGUAUUCCUGCAGCCCCUUCCCAAACCUCCUGCUCACAAAGGUUAUCCCUGCUCCUGACAGACCCAGAGCAGUGCCAGGAUAUUCAGGGAACGGCUUGGUACCCAGAGUUAGGAGGGUUCAGGUUCAUUUUUUAAGAGGGAGGAAAAAGAAACCUCCUCGUGUUUCUGGAGUGAGUGGCUGAGAGGAGGUGAGGAGAGGCAGGAAAGGGUUUUCCUGUCAGUACAACUACACGGAGGAAUGAGAGGAAACUGCCUCCUUCCCUAACUCAUUCCUUUAUAAAUACAUGUAUUUUGAGGGUAUUUAUACAUAAAGAAACAGCAAAGAACAAACCAGCCCCCAGCUCCGCAGCAAUGACAGCUCCUUGGCACGGCAGCCCCGGAGCCCAUCCACCAGGCUGAAACUCCUUACCCCGCGCUGAAUCCCGGGUUCCGCCCCUUCACCCUCCCGGGGGUUCCGGGCGGCCCGGCAGGGACGGGGUUAAGCUGCACCUGUCUGGGUGUACCUGUCCCAGGGCACCUGUCCCGCCAGCCAAUCGCGGCGGGGCCGCCCCACCUGUGCGAGCGCUGCCAUAAAUCAAACACCUGGCAGGGAAUGUCCGUGUGAGCCGAGCCGAGCCGAGCCGAGCCGAGCCGAGCCGAGCCGAGCCGAGCCGAGCCAGCGCUCCGCACCGCGCCGAUGGCCCAGGAGCUGGAUUUCAGAUCCGUGCGUCUGAUGAAGAAUGACACCAUGAACUUCCAGAAAUUCCCCUACACCAGCGAGGACGAAGCCUGGAAAACCUACCUGGAGAACCCCCUGACUGCAGCCACCAAGGCCAUGAUGAGGGUGAACGGGGACGACGACAGCGUGGCUGCCCUCAGUCUCCUCUACGACUACUACAUGGUGCCCAAGGAGAAGAGGAUCCUCCCAGCUGGGAUGAUGGCACGCAAUGACCUGGCCAAGAGCAGGCACUGCCACGGGCUGGAUUACGAGCCCGAGCUGCCCCCCUUGGAUGGCUCAGCCCAGCUGAUGAAGCUGCUGUCAGAAAACGUCUCCAUGAGCCAGGAGUUCUGCGAGCCCCCCAAGAAGAACCUGAGCCUCGAGGCUGUCCCUGCCCCUCACAAGGCAGCCCUGCUCCCUCCGGGCACCAGCAAGCUGGAGGCCACCCCAGACAACUUCCUGGUGGCCCCGGGGGACGUGUAUGACAGCAGCUCCCUGAGCUCCCUGUUCGAGAGCCUGCCCCUGGCCCCGCAGCAGCGCUGGCAGCCCGACAGCACCUUCAAGGAGGAUCCCCAGGAGACGCUGCUCUUCAGUGACAUCCUCAAAGCCCAGCCAGAGCCACCCUGCCCCGAGAGCUACCCCACGGAUGGAGUGAAGAGUGACUUUGAAUACACUCUGGGGUCACCCAAAGCCAUUCACAUCAAAUCUGGGGACUCUCCCAUGGCCUACCUCAACAAAGGACAGUUCUACCCCAUCACACUGCGGACAGCUGGAGACAGCAAAUGUUUGCACUUGUCCUCAAAUAAAGUGAAGAGCGUGGUGAUGAUCGUGUUUGACAAUGAGAAGAUCCCCACGGAGCAGCUGAAGUUCUGGAAGCACUGGCACUCCCGGCAGCCCACGGCCAAGCAGAGAGUCAUCGACGUGGCUGACUGCAAGGAGAACUUCAACACGGUGCAGAACAUCGAGGAGCUGGCCUACAACGCCCUGUCCUUCGUGUGGAACAUCCACGAGGAAGCCAAGGUGUUCAUUGGGGUGAACUGCCUGAGCACAGACUUCUCCUCGCAGAAGGGGGUGAAGGGUGUCCCCCUGAACCUGCAGAUCGACACCUACGACUGUGGCAGCGGCAGCAGCCAGCUGGUGCACAGGGCUGUCUGCCAGAUCAAGAUCUUCUGUGACAAGGGAGCAGAGAGGAAGAUGAGGGAUGAUGAAAGAAAACAGUUCCGAAGGAAAGGAAAAUGCCUGGACUCCAACAACAACGGUCUGAAAGGCUGUUUGCUCUCUGGCUUCAGAGGGAACGAGCUCACCUUCCUGCGGCCCGAGAGCGACCUGGAGACGCAGCCCGUGCUCUUCAUCCCCAACGUGCACUUCUCCACGCCCCAGAGGUGUGGCUCGGUGCUCCCUCCUGCUGUUCCCAACUCUGCAAACAGGCUGCCCCUCAAGAGGAGCGGGGCCUCCUUCGCCGACGACUUCGAGGCGCUGCCCCCAAAGCAGAGCAAGGACGAAGAUCCCCAGAGAGUGCUGCUCUACGUGCGCAGGGAGGCCGAGGAGGUCUUUGAUGCCCUCAUGUUGAAGACCCCGGACCUGCAGGGCCUCAGGACGGCUAUUUCAGAAAAAUAUGGGCUUCCUGAAGAAAGCAUUUAUAAAGUCUACAAAAAGUGCAAAAGAGGGAUCCUGGUGAACAUGGACAACAACAUCAUCCAGCACUACAGCAACCACAUGGCCUUUCUGCUGGACAUGGUAGAGGCAGAGAACAAGUUCCAGAUCAUCCUCAAAGAGCUCUAAAGAGCUGCAGGCAGCACUUCCUGGCACUUCUCUCCGAGCUGGCACGUGUGCCCCACAGAACUCAGCCCUGUGCCUGCUCUUGUUGCCUUGACUUGAACCCCCACGGCCCCGGGGGCCACAGACUGCUGUGAGAUCAUCCUGUGAACGUGGAACUUGGCUCUGUUGAGUUUAUUAUUAUUAUUAUUAUUUUUUAUUAUAUUUUAUUCCCUUCUGGCACCGGGCCUGAGCUGCCGUUUCAGAGCUGGGCACACCAAGUGACACUGCCAGGCCUGGGCAGAGGGCAGAGCUGGUGGCCCUGGCAGUGACUGAUGCCAGCCCAGGCCUUGGCCUCUCCCAGACCCUGCAGAGCUUUCCCAGCAGGGCUGAGCCUGGCUCUGAGCUCCCCUCUGGCACAGAGAAUCUCCAGAUGCAGCCACAGCUCCUGCUGGACGGACACUGCCUGCUGAUCCCCCUCCUGCCCCAUCUCUGACUGUAAAUACCACAGAGGCCUCCACAACCCUGUUUAUACAUUUCUGUGUUGUCCCUUUUGUAUUUUAUAUGUGUAUAAAUAUGCAUUGUUUUAUACUGGACUCAGUAUGGUGACACAGAGCAUUUCAAACACAGGCUGCUUCACAUUUCUCGUGAACUCCUUUUGUAACUGUGUUGUUGGUUGUGUUGUUUUGGAUUUUCUGUAGUAAUAAAGGCUCAAGGACUGGAAAUGAACCAUUUCCCCCAGCUCUGGAGUCAGAGUUGGGAUGGGCUGCCCAGGAGCCAGGGCAGGGAGGUGACCCCAGAGGCACCAAAGGGCUGGAGGAUGGUUUGGCCAAGGUCUGUGCCCUGUGCAGCCACUGUGCCCAGCUGUCACCAGCUGGGACUGGGUCCCUGAGCUCCUUCUGCCCUGUGCUCAAACUGCCUCAAGCUGCUUCCCAUUUAGGCCAUCAGAUGCCAAGGGGAGCCCUGUAUUUUCUAAUGAAUCCUCUGACCAAUGAAAACCAGGGCCUUUCCUCCUCCCUCUUCAUCCUCUGCCUUUCCUGGCCAUGUUAAAGAUGCACCUGAGGCCUGUGAGUGGGGAGGAAAGAGCCCUGGGAAGAGGAUUUGGAAAUGUUGGAAUGUGUCAGCUUGGAGAGUUUUGGAUUACUUCAGUACUGUUUGAGGCCUCUGAGAUGAAGCACAGAUAAGCUGAAGGUUUAUCAGCCUUUGGGAUCUCCCCAGCACUCCUUCCCUUCAGAUCACAAACUCCUUCUUCAGCAGGAUGGCUCUGAAUCAGUGUUGAUUCUGUGAGUCCUCCUGCAGCAGAAUUUCAGCUCCGGUUAAAACCAGUCCCACCAGGAACCCCCCAGUGCCCGUGGCACAGCUGAAAGCUGCAGUCCCUGUCCCUGCUGUGUCAGGGCAGUGUCAGGGCCUGCUCUGGGGUGGCUCUGUGCCAGGGUGACCCUGUCCUGCCCGGCCAUGGGGACAGCUGGCUCUGCUGUGCAGGCAGAUGGGGAGGGCUGCAGGCAGCCCUGGGCUCUGUGUGCACGCAGAGUUGGGGUUUGGGGACCUCUCACCCCUCAGUGAGUUGCUCUGGAAGUCUGAUUUUCCUGCCAGAUAAAC